CAUUCAUACAUCUAUAGAAAAAACACAAGCUUUUAUAUAUAAAAGGAAAAUCUCAAUUGGAUCAACCUCAGAAACGAGUUUCAAAUUGAAAAAGAGAAAAAAAGAAGCAGCAGAGAUGGGAUUCAAAAACAGAGUAGAAGAAAAGAAUUGUUCAAUGAACGAAGCUUUGUUGUUUGCUACCAUGUCAAUCAUUGGUCUGCAAGUGGAUGCGCACUUGAAAGACAGCUCUGUUUAUUCUGGAAUCUUCCACACUGCCUCUGUGGAGAAGGAAUAUGGUAUUGUUUUGAAGAAAGCAAAAUUGACUAAAAAGGGCAGGUGUGCCACCAAUGUUCCGAAUGGCAGUGUAGUAGAGACACUGGUAAUUCUUGCUGGUGAUCUUGUUCAAGUUGUUGCUAAGGGAGUCCCGCUUCCUUUUGAUGGUUUUGCCGGAAAUAUAGAUUGUGGUAAUGGAGAAGCUGCUUCUGAAUUUGUCCCUUCUUCCAAUCCACUGAAUGGGACCAAGAAGCUUAAUGAGUCUACCAUGGAUGAAAGAAAAAGAAACACAAAGAGAAUUUCAGCCCAUAACGAGAAUGGAUUUGCUGAUAGUUUUAUAUCCACGGAUACUGGAAAGGAAGAUGAAGGUCGAAAGUUGCUAGAGAACCCCAUGGGAAAUGGUAAGGAAGUUGAACAUCAGAAAAGAGAUGAGACACACGUUGAACAGAGAGAAGGUGCUUCUGGUGCCACUGUUGCUAGGAGACAGGUUGGAGAGGAUAGGUCUCUGCUUUCACAGGAUGAACUUGGCCAAAAGUUUGAGUUUCAUGUUGAACAGAAUGAGAAGGAAGUUCAACAGUCAGUUUCAAGCUGUGAGUCUUCUGCUGUUGAUACUCUUAAGCCAGUGGUUGGUGAACAUGACAAUCCAUGUUGUGAAAGGCCCUCUGCAAUAGACAUACACCAAGAUGCUGUUUGUUCUGGUGUUUCAACUUCUAAUCUUGUGAAGAAUGUUUCCCCGGAAUCAUGUCAGAGGUUAUUUGCUAAUCCGACUGCCAUAAUACCUCCACAAAGUUCAGAAUUAAAUAAAAACUCAAAGGAAUUUAAGCUCAAUCCCGGAGCAAAAGUUUUCUCUCCAUCUUUUGCUACUGCCAUAUCAGCAGCUCCUCCUAUUGUGCCGACAGUCACAAAUGUGCCAUACAUACCAGGCAAUUCACCUAUGGUAGCUGUUGCUGGUUCUCAGCCAGAGGAUGGGAUGGGCACUUUUGUGCCUCGUUCCUCGACGCCUUCUAAGUUUGUCUCUUACGGUAACAUAUCAGCUGCAACUGGUGUCAAUGGUUCCCAGUUUUCUCAACCCAUUGUUGGGCAUAUGGGGAAUAGAACCCAGCCACUUAGAUAUGCCGGUCAAUAUCAUCCUGAUCAGGCAGCAACUGCAUAUUUGAAUCCAAACUCGCAAGCAGUUAUGUUUGGACAUCUUGGACAGCUGAUUUGCAUGCCUGUUUCUCAUGAUUUGGUUCCGAGCGCAGCGGGUCUCUCUCCGGAACCUGCACGUCCUCUGUUGACUCCACAUCAUGUCCAAUUUCCGAAACACCAAGGAAGUGCACCGGACCAAGCAUUGCCGCUUUGUGUACCUCAACCUUUCAUUGCCGGUGGACAACCACCACUGGCGGUGCCAAGCCAUAUUCCGUAUUUGCAUGCUCCUUUCCCAGUUAAUCGUCCGGUACAAUUCCCGGGUUCUAAUGGACUAUUUAGCACCAAGCUUCCAUGAAAUUUUGUUGGUUCAUUAGUAUUACCCUUUUUGUUUUGUUUGAAGGUAAAUAAAAAAUUUCAUCUUUUGAAUGCAUCCAAGUUUUUGAGUCGUUUCC